AUGGCUCUGGGAACACCUAUAGUCUUGUUACAACUCACGGGCCUUCAGAUACCCACCGGGCCAUGGUACUUCGACGACAAUCAUCCUGCAAUGAAUCACCACUUGUCAUCGCUGCUUGGAUUCAAAUGGUCGGUGGUAGACCACAUCACCCACGAUGCUUCCAAUCAUCGUACCCUUCCCUACAACUCAGGCGUCGGCACCUUCAAUUCGGUGACGCCAGGAGGACACCAGCAGGGGAGGCCUCGCCAGGUGGGUGCAAUCGCUUUGCCAGAACAGCGUCGCAAUACAUAUUGGGGAUACACCACAGGACAACGCUCUGAUAUGGUUCCUCCGAUGGCGCGUAGCCAAAGCUCUUCAUCGUCAUUGAUUGAAAAUCAAGAGGAUUGUGGAGGAUUUAUACAUCAAGAGUUCGUCCGUGCUCUGGUGUAUAGCGAGGAGGCACAGCACGAUUCUGGUAGCUUUCUCUUUGGCAUGGCGUCGGCUGGCACAGAUCGUGAUUACGACAACCCAACAAUGGUGAACGGUUAUGCACAAGAUCACAUACUCCAGGAGAGUUUGUCACAGAGCCAGGUCGAUGCUCAGGCCGACGCAGACGACUUCGGAAAUGCGACUGACUUUAGAUGCAGAAAAUCAUCCGGGAUAUUCGUCUCUCUCGAGCAGCUGGGGUAUCCUCCAAAUAAGGACUUCCCUGAAGUAGUCAAUGGGGAGAGCGGAUCCAUCAGCCCCAGCGACCCCACCGGUUUGAACAGUCCCAUCCCCAGCCGGAUUAACGACAUAUCAGGAUCGAUCGGCAACUCAGGGGUCGCUCCCAACUCGUUCAAAGAGGCGGGAUUAGUACCUGCCGUGUCGAGCACGGAUGAAUCGAACGGCCAUACUGCAUCGAGCGCUGGCACCAUGCAUGGUACGAACAUUCCGCAUGGGCUUCCCAAUGAUGUGCCGCACGCGCGAACCCGUGGAAGCGCGAAAUCAUCGUCCCCAGCUGCACCCGCAGCUCCUCCCGCCCUGCCCACUCGAUCUCGACGCAAAGGGCAGACAAUCGACAACCGUCUCCAGAAGGGAAUCACGAAAACGGUCAAGAAGACCGGUUUCAUUGUCCCGUAUACCCCACCUCCCAAGAUCAAGGUUGCACCCCCGCAACCUGUCUUGACUUCCUAG